CAACGUAAGUGUACACCGUUAUUACGAAUCAAAUAAAUUCCUAACCACAUGCACUAGAAACUAGAAAGUCAAUAAGAGAGAUAGAGAUAGAGAUAGUGUUAGGGAUAUAGAUAGAAUGGGAGACGACAACGACUCCUGCACGAAACAUUUUGUGCUAGUUCAUGGGGCAUGCCAUGGAGCAUGGUGUUGGUACAAGGUUAAGCCCCUGAUUGAGGCCGCCGGUCAUCACGUGACACCGCUCGACAUGGCGGCCUCGGGGAUCAACCUGAAAAAGAUCGAUGAAAUCCAAACACUUAAAGAAUACACAGAGCCGUUGAUUCAGUUUUUGACAGCUCUACCUGAUGAUAAGAAGGUCAUACUUGUUGGGCAUAGCCUUGGAGGAUUCAAUAUAGCCAUGGCUAUGGAAAUGUUCCCUCUAAAGAUUGAAACUGCUGUUUUUCUAACGGCAUUUAUGCCUGACCAUGUCCAUACUCCUUCCUUCAUCUUUGAUCAGUUCAUUGCAAAAAAGGGUGAUGGAGUCAAAGAUUUUUGGAUGGACACCGAGUUCAAGAGCUCCGGUGAUCCAAAUGAGACCCCGACGACAAUGUUAUUCGGUCCACAGUUCAUGGCAAAGCUGUAUCAUUUGUCUCCCCUUGAGGAUUUGGAGCUAGGUAUGACAUUGAAAAGGCCAUCGUCGAUGUUCGUUCAUGAUACAUCGAAGCCAGAGGCGAAGCUUUCAAAGGAGAGAUAUGGAACGGUAAAAAGUGUUUUUGUGAUAUGCGAAGAAGAUCAAGGGAUAUCCCAAGCUUUUCAACAAUGGAUGACUGAAAAUAAUGGGUUGAAAGAGGUGAAGAAGCUUAAAGGCUCGGAUCAUAUGCCUAUGCUUUGUAUGCCUAAACAACUUUCUAUUUGUCUUCUGGAAAUAGCCCACACUUUCCAGGAGUGAUACUCGCUCAAACCAUUGUUAAAAGUGACAACCCGAAGUCAUUGUUCAGCAAAAAUCACCGAAAGAUACUGUCAUAAUGUUACAAAAUAAAAAUCACAUAAUUUCUAUUAAACAAAAUAAAUCGAAAAAUAAGAACUAAAAAAAAUCGGAAAAUAAUUUUGUUUUAUAGAUAUUACGUAAUUGUUUAUUUUAAUAACAUUAUGGCAUUAUAUUCGAAUGAUUUUUGCCGGAAAAUGAUUUCAGGUUAAAAUUUAAAAUGGAUGUAUAAGUUUAAAUUGUAUUUGGCAAAAUUAGAACUUUGUGGUUAUAAUUAGCAAAUAAGGAACGUUAUUAUUAGGUUGUAUUUGUCAAAUUUACCUUCUCUAAAAGUACCAUCGUUGCAUAUCAAACAUUUUAUAUACCCUAUUUACAUCAA